ACAGUAUGCUUUUUAAUAUAGUUUCUUAAACUUGUUUUGGAACUCUCGCUUGUGUUUCGUGAACUUUCUUUCUCACAUAACUUAUAUAUAAAUAUGUGUGUGUAAGUUCCUUUUGGUUGAUAUAAAACAAGAGCAGAAGAAGAAAAAGAAAGAUAUCACCCGAAGAAAAAGUUCUCGUAGAAAUCACUUGAAGACAAUGAGGCUAAUUAGAGUCACCUUCUUGCUUUGUGCAUUGACCUUUUUAUUCCUUAUAACUUCAACUUCAGCAGCUGUAACCGAAAAGAUUAUGAGAAAAAUGGCGCCACGGAAACUCAUGAUCAUCUCUAGUGAACAUGAUAAUGUGAUGACAUCAGGUGCUCAUGAAGGUUCAAGUGAGCAACUUCCAGUCACUUCUUCUGGCAAUUCUAAGAAUGAAGAUAAGAGAUUCGGUGAAAAAGAAGAGGAGAAUGCUCUAGCGAAGUAUCUAUCGAUGGAUUAUCCAAGGUUUAGAAGAAGACGACCAGUUCACAACAAUAUGCCUCGAAGUCCAUGAAAAAUGCAAUUUUUAUUUCAAAGAAGAAUUAAUUUUAGCUAUAUAUUAGUCAAUUAAUUAAUUGAGUAACCAGUUUUGGCUAUACUUGUAAUUAACGGAAUAUGUUCGUGUUUUUUAUACUAUAUAUAUGAUAGUUUAAAUUGCUGAAAAUGGCCGACAAACAUUGAGCAAAACCCUAAAACUCUGGUUUGGGGUUUGAGCUAAUUUGCUCUUCGUUUCAUGCACUGUAACAUGGUGACUAAUUUGGUUGUAAUUUCAUUUUAGAUUAAUAACUUAUUGUUGAAUGUUAUGCGAUAAACUGAUAAAAAGAAUAAAAUUUACAAAAAGUUUGUUAAAAAUGUUAUGAAAAUGAAUACAAGUCUGUUGUGUUUUGUUUUUCUCUUCGGAAGUUACAAAAUCUCGAUGGACCACUUGACCAAACCGGUCAACAACAAACACAUGCACAAACAAUCUCUAUGCUGACCAUUUUUUUUUUCUGUUUCCAUGUGUUUCCUGUUAUUACAAGCUACAAAACCUAAACUUAGCGACCCAUACAUUGUGUCCAAAUUUUCUGUCUACACUACUCUCUUUCAUUGUAGGUACUAGGUAAUCGUUGCAACCACCUAUUCACUGUUCAAGUCGAAUUUUCAGGAUUCAGAAGGCAGCUGAAUUUAUUCUUUAAUGUUAAGUUAUCGGUGAGCCUAGGCUCUUAAUGUCAAAGGAUCUUUUCCUUCCACCGUCCUCCCGUAUAACACUCCAGUUUCAUGCAUAAUAACAUUAUCGUGGUGAUCAUCAGAAGGACAAGAAAAACAGAGAACUGAUUCAUACUCUUAGUUCCCGGAGGUACAUUCAUGUGCGUCAAACCGUUGGUAUUUGUUGCCUACUAUCAUUUCCGGAGGACAAAUUAUAUAUUCUUUCGAGUAGCUCAUACAUAGUUGCAACGAGAGGCGUCUUCCAUGUGUCACAGUCUUAUUAGUAACCGGUUGAUAUGCCUUUCGAAUCCUCCUUUAUAUUACUUCAACAAGUUCCUCCACAUCCAUUUCUUUGUUUUCGAUGCCUUCUUUUCCUUUUUGAAGCAUCCAGGUGCAUUAUUCUUGUGGACAUGAUACCCAUUUGUGUAUCUUUUUAAGCCAGGUUGUAAAGUAAUAAUAAUUCGGUUGUUUUUCCAAAAAGAAUUUAUUCCUUUCUCAAAUAUAAUGGGUGCAAAUGUUUUCAACGAUUUAUCAACGAUUUAUUAGAUACGGUUUAUAUUUCUUAAUUCAUUUUAAUUGUAAAAAUUAGUAUAAUCCCAAUUAACAAAAAAGUACUAAAGUAUUGGCUAGAUUAUAAUAGAACUUCAGAAAGAUGACAGAGAGAGGAAGUAACAAAGACCUUGUAA